AUGGAAGAAUUAGAUGCAGGAACGCGUCUAAUUAUCAAAAAUAUGCAAACAGUAUGUCUGCAAGAGGAACUAAGAAGCAUUAGUUCUCACGGAAGCCCUACGAAGCAAGGGCCACUGCAGCAUCUCAAUCCAGUGAUUGAAGAUGGCUUAAUUCAUGUAACAGGCCGAUUGAACUUGGCCGAUCUACCCGAAGAGCAGAAGCAACCCAUCUUGAUUCCAAGGGAGCAUCCGUUCUCCAAAAUAAUACUAUUGAACCUACACGUUUUAAAUAAGCAUGCUGGCCUUGAAAUAGUCUUAGCUGAGUUUCAACGCAAAUAUUGGAUGCGUGGUGUUCGUAAAACUGCACAAGCAGUCCUACAAAAAUGUGUACGAUGCGCGCGAGCCAGACCGCGCAGAUUCGAGCAGCUGAUGGGCCAGCUUCCUAGACCCAGGGUUAACCCCUCUGCAGCUUUCAGUCACACUGGUGUAGAUUUGUGUGGACCAUUCCAUGUCCUACCAAGUCAGCGAGCAAAAUCUAAACUUACCGUAUACGCCUGCAUAUUUGUAUGCUUUUCGACCAAAGCAGUACAUCUCGAAGUUGUGGAAAGUCAGUCCACUGGAGCUUUUAUAGCAGCCAUGAUACGAUUCGUAUCAGUUCGCGGUAGACCAGAAGUGAUCUACUCUGACAACGGCCGUAAUUUCGUGGGAGCUAGCAGAGAGCUUGCGGAGCUACUGAAAGUAUACAACACGGAGCUGUUUCAGCAUGAAAUUGUUGGAAUGGCCGCUGAAGAAGGAAUCAGAUUUUCCUUCAUCCCUCCCAGGAGCCCGAACUUCGGUGGGCUAUGGGAAGCCAACAUAAAGGUGGCUAAACGUCUCUUCACGGCAGCCGCGCAAGGUUCCAGCUUUAAUAUAUUGGAACUACAAACGGUUUUCUAUCAGGUAGCGGCCAUCAUGAAUUCACGCCCGCUCACAACGGUGUUCUCGGAAGCUGGAGCUCCAGAACCACUGACGCCAGGGCACUUCCUAAUAGGAAGGGCCUUGACAGCUAUACCCAUUCCGUCGGCUCAUUUAGAAGAGCAUAGCGCGGCGAUGGCAGAACGAGUAUCUGCAACAUCUUCGCUGUGUAGCGAAAUGGACUAG